AUGGCGAUUGGCGUAAAUGUAAAACACUCUUGUUAUCGUUUUGGUUCCCUCCUCAAUGUUGUUGUUUUGACGCUGGUGGAGCUGUUUUGCGAUUUGGACGAGGCAGACUUCUCUUUUGAUUUGUCAGGCGGAAAUGGCAUUGUUGCGGACAACGGCUUUUGCAAAAAUGGAGCGAAACUGUUGCUUAUUCAUGAGCACAAUCUGCAGGAGCGUCUUAUGGUCUUGCUCAAUGUUGAUCCUGCCGUCGAAGUUUGCAAACAGUCGGAUACAGCAACGGAUAAUUGGAUUGUUCCAUGCAACGUAGUAGGAUUGAAGGAUGGAGAUACAGGAAAAAAGAAGCAGCAAAAGAGGCCGAUUCGUUUUUUAAUGCAUCCAGAAACGCUUCGCUUAGCCAGUUACGAUAAGAAUCUUUCAGCGAGAAUUGGAGAAACUGCCAAGGAGACGAUUUCUCAGUUAACUGGCAAAGAAUGGCAUAUCCUUUCGCUUCCAAAAGGCGAUGGUUGCUCGCGUAUAACGGGAGUGAAGGAACUGCUUAUCAACUCGGACAGUCAGAUCCAUUAUUUGCCUGACCGGGUUGUGGUCUGCUUCUUUUUUAAAACAAAUACAGAAAGUAAGCCGUACAUACCCAUCACGACGUCGCAGCUGUCUUUACAAGUAAAUAAAAUUGAAGAGACUGUAGCCAACGAAACAAAAGAAUUACGCGGUCAAAAAAUUAUUCUCUGGUGGAAGCAAAAAAACACAUUGGAAAACUUGUUGGAACUUCAGUUCGUUGAUUCUCGCUUUGAGAAGUGGCUUAGCAUCAAGAAUAAAGACCACAAAAUUCACUCUGAUAUUUCUGGUAUUUAUCUUGACCUAUGUCGAGCCAAUGUCGAUUCUAUUGGCGUUCCAGUCACAUUCUGUGAGCAUAUGAAGGGUCAUACUUUUGAUUCCAAUGGCUCUCCUUUUCAAUUAGCGUUAAACAGUCCUCAAGCAGUUGCUGACCAGCACCGCAAAAGUCUGGAUUUGUCUAUUUCUGACUUCUUGGAACAAGAAAAAAUUACAACUUUUGGACGAAAGAAAGGCUCGAAAAAUUGUACAUUUCAAUCAUUCAAAGUAAUUCGUCGAGAUAAGGAAGAAACAUUAAUUCAGUUUACGAGUAGUAAUGCUGCUGACAGCAUUAAAAGGAAACAAGAUUCUGGUUCUGCACGUGAUACUUUGAAGACACGAUCAAACCCUCUUAAAGUUCUUGUCUGUAACGAUGAAGAUAAUGCUGAAAGCUUACCGGAAACAAUUCUAGCCAGCAGUCCAGCGGACAGUGUUGACUCUGGCGUAUCUUGUUUGGGUUCUCUGCUAAGUUCACCGUCUUCUUCUCCAAACCUCUCACCUGUUCAUGCUCCGAAAGAGUAUCGCGUUCAUUUUUCUGACAUUGUAGCAAUUCGUGUCGUCUUUUUAGGAGCUGGUAGGGUACAACAGGAAGCGAACGCAGUAAGACAAAGGUCGAAAAGUGAAAACUGCGGAGAAACUAUCUUGAAAGGUAUUUUGAAAAAAACGACACCUGUAGUUGAGCACAGAGGCCGUUUUACGAGAUCCUUGUCUGAAUGUCAGAAUGACAUAAGCGUGGGAAAGAAAAUCGAGGGCGAUGAAGGAUGCGGCGGCAGUGGUGAUGUUUAUGUUCAAUUUUUUUUUAUUGUCGUUUGUUUCAGGCGUUUUGAUAUAUCCCUGCAGAAAAAGCAUGUCUCAUUUAGCGACCGAUUGGUACAGAAAUACUCAUUCAGACCAAAUUCGUCUAUCUUGGGUCAAAGACGGAAGAAUCAGAAGAAAGCUAGGAGUAAGCUGAAGAAGAAGUUGUCCGAGGAGAGUUCCGAAGAAUGUGAAAAAUUAAGUGGAAAUGAGAUGUUGCAAGAAAUUCGAAAGGAUAUCUUCAGCUCGAACAUGAAAACAGAAAAGCCCGGCGGGAUAAGACAGCGAGUGUUAAGAACUAGCAUCGGUGAGGAGACAGUAGUUGUUUUUGAGUCUUAUAGCGCAGAAGACGACCAGUGUGAUUUUGUUGAAUAA